AUGCCAAAAGUCAAGAGAAGAGGUCGCAAAUUUAUGCUGACGAGACGACCAAAUAAGAAGGAAGAGAUUGAGGAGACAAGCGAUCCAACCACCAGUUCGACUAAGCCGAAGAAACGUAUCAGCUUUGAGCCUGAAGCUGCAAAUAUUUCCAAUUUCUUCUUGGGAGGGGAAGACGGCAAAGAACAGACCUAUAAGGUACACUGGAAGGAUUUUCCCUUGAGAUCCCCAACCGACGUUUACGCCCAUCAGAUCUCUGCAGUGAUGAUCUACCUGUUCUGGUGGAAAACAUUCACGGAAUUCAAUGAAUUCGAGGAGAUCGCAAAAAGAAGACCGUUGACUGCCAAGGAGCAAGAAACCGAGGCGGAACACGCGAGGUCGAUUCAAAAUUAUAAGAAACUCAUUGAAAUGGGAGAGGAGUUUUCAGCAGGAUAUGGAGAUUUGGUGAGUGAGAAUUCGGGUAGAAUCACUAUUUUUUGA